AUGGAGACGGAAUCCGAGCUACUCUCUCGUCUUCAAUCUCAAUUUGGUGACAUGGAUUUGUCUCACCUAUUAGAUGACAAAAAAUCGGAUGGAGCGGAAAGCGAAGAAUCUUCCUUGGCGGAACCCACCGCGGAAGAACUGAGAGCCUGGCAAGAAGCGCAAUACCAAAAGGGUAAGCAAACCAUUGAAUCGAAAAAGAGCGAAGAAUUGCCUCCGGUCCAACGAAGAAGACGGCAAGCACAGAAAGCAAAUUCAGAAGAUGAUGAUGACUGGGAACAAAUUGCAGCACUGCCUCAGUUGUCAGAGCCGUCUGUAUUUUUUCCGCAAUCAGAUGAAUCAGGCAGUGAAAUCCUUGGUCUACAUCCUUUGUUGGCGAAGCUCUCCGCUGCUGACCCAGAAGUUCUCGGCACACGAUGGAAGCGCUUGUAUUCAUCAGAACAAGGAGACGGUCUAUCAUUUGCUAUGUUACUGUCAACGCUUAAGGGAUAUGGAGGGCCCACCCUCAUGCUUAUCUCUGCGAAGCCUUCAGCAAAGCACAUGAUGGAGAAAACGAGCAAACAAAGCACAAUAGGUUUCUUCACAACUUCCGUUUGGUCGGAAUCCAAUUCCUUUUUUGGCAACAAAGAUUGCUUCUUGUUCAAAAUUGACGAAAAGGAGAAUGAUAUCGCGAUCAUACGCCCACGCGACAAAUUAAAGAAUGGAAACUUUAUGUACUGUCAUCCAUCUUCUCUCAAUCCGAGCAAUCGCAGAAUGACAUCGUCCUCAGCUACAGAUGGCUGUGUCCAUGGAAUUGGAGUCGGAGGAAGCACAUCCCAGCCUCGCCUACACUUGACAGAGACUUUGGAAGACUGCCGGGCCAUGGAAUACUGCUCCUCAUUUGAAGCAGCCGAGUUGCUGCCCAACGGAAAAGACUCCCUCUACUUUUUUGAUGCUGAUUGCAUCGAAGUUUGGGGUGUAGGAGGGGAAGAGUGGAUUCAACAAAGCUUGCAAGCCCAACAAAAGGGACGAGACUUGACCGAGGCAACUCUAAAGAAAGUACGAAUGGUAGACAAGAAGCAGUUCAUUGAUGAUUUGCGCUUCAUGGCAAAGCCAAAUGGUUUGUACGAACAUGUGAAUCACGUUGACGAGAGAGCAGAUUUAUAG